AUGGCUUCGUGAUGUUAAAAUUUAUGAAAUUUCUCAAAUUCAGGGUAAUAUGGAUGACGAAGAAUUCAAAGGUCUCAUUCCUCGAAUCGUGGAACAAAUUUUUUAUAGUAUAAUCACUUCCCCAUCCACAAUCGAGUACACAGUAAAGGUUUCAUAUAUGGAAAUUUAUAUGGAAAGAAUCCGUGACUUGCUUAAUCCCCAAAAUGACAAUCUACCCAUUCACGAAGAAAAGAAUCGAGGAGUAUAUGUCAAGGGUCUUUUGGAAGUUUACGUAAGUUCUGUACAGGAAGUAUACGAA